AUGGGUAUUGUUCGUCCGAGUAGUUCAACUCUUUGUCUUUUCUGGUGGUUUAUCGAUUAUGGUUUCUUUUUUCUUAAUCUUGUUGUACUCAUGUGGGUAUCGUUUGAACGUCAUAUUCUUAUUUUUCAUUCGUGGAUCAUGGCUACACAACGAACACGUUUGCUCUUUCACUAUCUCCCAAUAUUUGUUAUCAUUUUAUUUCUGAUAAUUUUCUAUGGUAUUGCAAUUUUUGUACCACCUUGUCAAAAUACCUUUGAUUUUACAAAAGAUCUUUGUGGUAUGGGUGAAUGUUAUAGCUCACUACCAUUUUUUGGGCUCAUUGAACGAAUUGGUUUCGCUAUCAUACCUAUGUUUCUCAUUGUUAUAUUCAGUAUGAGUUUACUUGUUCGGGUUGUUUGGCAAAAAUAUCGAAUUCAACGAGCUGUAGAUUGGCGAAAGCAGAGAAAACUAACUGUACAUCUUAUUUCUAUGUCGUUAGUAUAUUUAUGUUUUGAUGGUCCAUUAACAAUGAUCAAUCUUGUUCGUUUAUGUGGUCAACCCAAUUGGGCUCAUGAUCUUUGGACAGUAUUUUUCUACAUCUCUUACUUUCCUAUUCUACUUUUACCAAUGAUCUGUCUUGGUUCAUUACCUGAAUUACGAAAGAAAGUAACAGGACUCAAUCCACGACAACGGCAACCAGUUGCAGCUGCAAUAGCAAUUCGUACAUAA